GAAAAGCUUCCACAAGACUCACAAGAAUUCAAAACUUCAAACUAUCCCCACUUCAACUUCCUAGGUAGAAAUCAUCCUAACUUGUCUUCCUCACCUAAAAGACACGUCGUUUCAUCUAAACAUGGCCGAACGCGACGAGUCAUCGCCGCUCCUUCCGAACACCCACGGCCCGAGAAACAGCAUCAUCGCGCACGACGAAGGCGAAAGCGGAAGGAGCGGGUUUCAAGCGCGUCACUUCUUCUCGGUGAUAUGGAGAAGUUCCAGCAAAAUUUCAAUGGCUGUUAACAUCCUCUGGCCCUUCGUUCCUGUCGCGUUCUUCUUGCACUUUGUUGCCGAUGCGCCCUUGUGGACCUUCGCGACGAGCUACAUGGGAAUGAUCCCAGCCGCCAACAUGCUUGGAUUCGCAGGCCAAGAGUUCGCUCGGAAAAUGCCCAAGGUAGCCGGAAUCUUGAUCGAGACGACCUUCGGCUCAAUCGUCGAGAUCAUCCUUUUUGUCGUCCUGAUCGCCAACCACGAGUUGUCCAGUGGCUCAAGCGAACACGGCAAUAUGAUCCCGGUCAUACAGGCCGCCAUCCUGGGGUCGAUCCUCACCAACCUCCUGCUCUGUCUCGGUCUUUGCUUCUUCUUCGGCGGCAUCCGCCACUCCAGCCAGAAGUUCCACGCCAUCGUCUCCGAGGUCGGCAGUGGCUUACUGCUUGUUGCCGCGUUUGGCUUGCUGAUUCCGUCCGCCUUCUACUCGGCGCUCAAGUCCGAGGCUGCGCCGGACCCGGGCGUACUUCACGACAAGUUUACCAGAGGGAAGCUGCAGGCUGACGUACUGCAAAUCAGCCGAGCUGCUUCUGUUGUCCUCAUGGCCUCGUUUGCCCUGUACAUUUGGUUUUGCGUCAGCAGUCAGCACAGCAUAUUCGACGAAGUUAUCGAGGCGGAUGAGCACCGGGAUGCCGACCGCGAAGAAGACCUCCAGAAGCCCAAGUUCACCAUGACCGAGGCAAUUGUCGCUCUAAUAAUAUCGCUUGCUUGCGUGACGCUGCUGCUGAUCUUCCUCGUCGACGAGAUUGAGCAUGCUGUUAGGAGUGGCGUGCCGGACCAGUUCUUGGGUUUGAUUCUACUACCACUGGUCGAGAAGGCCGCCGAGCACUUGACCGCAAUUGACGAGGCAAGAGACGGGAUGAUCAACGUUGCGUUAUACCAUUGCUUGGGCCCGUCUAUUCAGACAGCCCUCUUCAAUGCCCCGUUCGUCGUGAUCGUCGCCUGGGUGAUGGGCAAGCCCAUGGAUCUCAAUUUUGAGAUCUUCAUGAUUGGUCUUUUAGUUCUGUCCAUCCUGGUUGUCGGAAAUUUCCUCCGAGACGGUGAAUCCAACUGGCUCGAAGGUGCACUUCUUGUCGUCGUCUACACCAUCAUGGCUAUCGCCUGUUUUUACUACCCGGAUCCCGAUGUGGCCACUUCCAACGGUCUGGAAGAAGCGGCGAUGCUCACGGUAACGAUGAAUAAAGAGGUUCUUGAGCAGUUCCAGAAGGUUUUGGAGACGGUGCCGGGGCGCUGAACCGUUAUUGCCUGCAAGACAAACAUAAUGGAUAGCAGACGACUCCUGUUGAAAGUACGAAGAACCACGAGAACCUCGUAUUCCCAAGGCGGUAUUUGGAUGCUCUACAGUACGAAGGAUACAUACGAAUACAGUAAUCACCCUCACAGGCUUCUAGCUCCAGCGGGGUACUCUGUAUCUGAGGCUCUCAGUGAGGGUACCGGUGUACG